CCUGGUUCAUGUCUUCCUAUACAAAUACCAUCAAAGCACCUGAUAAGAUUACAGGCGACAUAAAGAUAUAGAACUACAAAACCCAGAAUGACCUGAGUGCAGUAUUAUCAAUGUGAAGAACUGUAGCGCCAUCAAGUGUUCUAUGCUGGUAUAUCAUCAACAAGUCAUAAGAUGUAUAUGCGGGUAGAAAGUCGCACCGGGACCUUCCUACAUCUAAAGAGGAACCCCAGCAUACGCUCCUGGUCGCUAUUAGUCGGAAUCGCCUCGGUCGGCCUGGCCGCAGCCUAUUACAGUACAGAUUCCUGGGCGUGGAAACUGUUUUACGUGGCCGGUUGCCUGUUUGUGGCUUUGCAGAAUCUUGAAGAUUGGGAGGAAGCCAUAUUUGAUAAGAAGGCAGGGAAAGCCGUCCUGAAGACCUACAGUCUGUACAAGAAAGUCCUUACGCUGUGCAAAGGAGGCCAAGAGCAAGUGGUGGUUCUGAUCAAAGAGAUCCGGGACGUGAACGUUGAGGAGGAGAAGGUACGAUAUUUCGGGAAGGGCUAUCUCAUCGUCCUACGUCUACUGACGGGUAUCUCCCACCCUCUUACACAGAGUGCGGUACUAGGAGGUAGAAGUGACGUGGAAGCCGUGGCAAAACUUUUGACCACAUUCUUGGACCUUGACAUGGCGGGAUUUCACUCCAGAAUCCAGGAGGAAAGCAGCGACAGUGAAGAGACUCUAGAUCAGGAUGAUAAAUGAGUUACCACCAUCAUAUUCCAUUGGUGGUCAUGACAACCAAAGCAAAAUGUUAGGAAUUUUUUUAUUUUAUUGUAUUUUAGUCUUGAACUAUCCUUAGAGCUAAGUCUUCUGUGCCUUGAAGGGUGAUAAGUCGUCACCUCCAAUUAUUUCCUAUUUAUUGCAUAAGUUUACCAAAUCAACCUAUGGUUCAGUGUUAUUUGUCCACUACGGGGCAUUUUGUCAAACCUCUUACUCUGGAUAUACUCCAAGCUAACACUCCCUGUUCCUCCCCCCCAAAAAAAGUGUUUGUCUUUUUUAUAACUUACAAAAGAAAUAUUGCAAAGUUUUAUGGUACUUGGAAAAAUAGCUUUUCUUUGUUUGUUUGUCUCCCUCCCCCCUCCCCAUAGAUAUAGUGACAUUCUUCUUCAUGGACUUUUUUCUGGUAUUGCAGUUUGGACUAAAGAUUCCUACAAUAUCAGAAUGCUUUUCGAAUCCCGGACGAGCCCCCAAAACUUGCUUCAAUUGUCUGUAUGUUAACACAGUAUAUAAAGAAAGCGAUGCUGUAUAAUAUUGACUCACGAGAAAAGUGUGGGGUCCACGUCUACAAGGUGGAGAAUUUGCAUUUUUGAGGGGUUUGACUUAAAGAUCCCAGGAUUAUGUGGUUAACUGUGGGUGUGGUACAUUUUUUGCUAGUUAUGAAGAGCUUACGGUCAGGUUUUUGGGUGCUACCUACAACAGGUUGCAGUAUAUGAGGGGUGCAGCUUUCUUUAAAGGUUUAAAGAUUUCAGUUGUUGUUUUGCCACAGCUGGAACCACCCUGGUUGGGAAACACUGCUGUAAAGAAAGACUUUCUUGUUGUUUGUAGACCACAACAGCUACUCUAACAGCUUGUUGUGAUGGAUCAGGCAUCUAUGUCAUAGAUAUAGAAGAUACUAGAUAAUGUUGUCUAGAACCUGAUCGUUCAGAUAUACAUGAGUAUCUGUAUUAUAGAUACAAGAGCCGGGCUCCACCCCCGUGGUUCAAGUAACAGUUCAGUGCUGUAUGUACGUGACUAGUAUUUUUUUAUACGGUAAAUAAAAUCUAAAGAUGAUUUUGUGAUGUUU